AUGAAGGACGCAACAAGCGAUCCUAAUUCCCCCGCGCCUUUGAUGGCAGCAUGGAACACCGAGUCUCAAGUCCACCUCAUUGUUGGAUCCAACCCUCUCGCCGCCGCACGAUGUGCCAAGAGUCUCGAAGUCGGCGCAAAGCCAAUCAUUCUUGCGCCGGAGACUGCUGACAUGCAUUUCACCCUUUCCGAGCACAUCGCGAAUGGCUCUGCCCAGUGGAUUCGUCAUGAGUUCCAGGAUAUGGACUUGACAACACUGGGUAGAGAGGAAGUAGACCGUGUGGUGGAUUUGGUCUUUGUCACCUUGGGGGCCAGCAACCCGUUGAGUACACAUAUCUCACAGCGCUGCAAGAGACUCAGAAUCCCGGUUAAUGUCUCAGACGCCCCCGAACUCUGCUCCUUCACUCUUCUCUCCACCUACUCCGACGGACCUCUUCACAUUGGCAUUACAACCUCUGGCCGAGGAUGCAAGCUUGCUUCAAGAUUGCGUCGGGAGAUUGCUGCCUUCCUUCCGCAAAACCUGGGAACUGCUAUCGAUAGACUCGGUGCUGUGCGGAGGCGGCUAUGGGAAGAAGACAAUGCGGCUGGCCUAAGCGAGGCCACAUUCGACGGAGAGGACGACGACACAACUGGUCAAAAACACACCUUCAACAACCUCGUCACAGAAGGCGAUGUCGCUGCCGCAAAGACGAGGAGGGUGCGUUGGUUGUCCCAGAUCUGCGAAUACUGGCCCCUCCGAAAACUUGUCUCCAUCACCGAUGCAGACAUGGACACUAUUCUCAAGGCCUACACAGCAGGCAACGAGCAUACAAAUGGAGCCAACAGUGUCGACACACCCUCAAAGAAGGGAAAAAUUGUCCUCGCAGGCUCCGGCCCCGGCCACCCAGACCUUCUCACCCGCGCAACCUACCACGCAAUCCACAACGCCGACCUCAUCCUCGCAGACAAACUCGUCCCCGCCCCAGUCCUCGACCUCAUCCCCCGCCGCACAGAAGUCCACAUUGCGCGGAAAUUCCCCGGCAACGCAGACCAAGCCCAGGAAGAAUUCCUGCAAAUGGGCCUAGCAGCUCUAAAACAAGGUCGCCAAGUCCUCCGUCUGAAGCAAGGCGACCCGUACCUCUACGGACGUGGUGCGGAAGAGUUCGAGUUCUUCAGAAACGAGGGCUACUCGCCGGUGGUGCUGCCCGGUAUCACCAGCGCCAUGAGUGCAUCGCUCUUCGCCGAUAUCCCGGCCACCCACCGCGGCGUCUCAGACCAGGUCCUGGUGUGCACCGGAACCGGCAGGAAGGGCGCUGCUCCCAACCCGCCCACCUAUGUCCCGACACAGACGGUUGUCUUCCUCAUGGCUCUUCACAGACUUUCCGCUCUCGUGGACUCUCUUACCAGUUUCCCCGAGGGAGGCGAGCAAUCACGUGCCCUCUGGCCUAAGGAGACGCCCUGUGCGAUUGUUGAGCGGGCUUCGUGUCCAGACCAGCGUGUUAUCCGGUCAACGCUGGAGCAUGUCUGCCUUGCUUUUGAAGAGGCUGGUUCGCGACCACCGGGUCUUCUCGUUGUUGGAGCUAGCUGUCACGUCUUGCAUAAUCCUCAGGGCCAACGAUGGGCGAUUGAGGAAGGAUUCCAUGGAUUGGAUGAGUUGCGGAGUGAGGUUGAGGUGGUCGCUGACUCGGUUGAGGAGAAGGCGUGA